AUGUCUCGAGCAGGUCUCGUUUCUUUCAUCUUCUUUCUACUGUGCAUCGGCCUUGUCGCAUCUGUACCCUUACCAAAUGUUCCGUCUGAAGAUGAUAUCAUAAUGUCGGGUUCAUUCUGGUGUUCAAAUUCCGACUAUCUGCUCAUUAGCGCUCAUACAGGCCUUCGAGAUAUGACCAUGCUCUUGUGGCGCGAUACGGGUCAAGCUAUGACGAUCUGUAUAUUCGAUCGACUACGAAAUAUGCUAGAGCGUAUCUUCGAUAAGAUUAAGAAAGGCUUCCAGAAAGUGGGCGGUGCGAUUAAAUCCGGCAUCCAGAAAGCCGGGAACGCGGUCAAAUCUGUUGCCAAAAAAGCGGGAAAUGCGGUUAAAUCUGUUGCCCAGAAAGCGGGGAACGCUGUCAAAUCAGUUGCCAAGAAAGCCGGAAACGCUGUCAAGUCUGUUGCCCAGAAAGUUGGCAAUGGCGUCAAGAAAGUAGGCAACACUAUCAAAGCAGGCGCUCAGAAAGUGAAGAGCGGGUUCCAGAAAGUAGGCAAUACGAUCAAGUCUGGGGUCCAGAGGGCGGGCAACGCAGUCAAGAAAGGCGUACAGAGAGUCGUCAACACUGUCAAAGGAGGUGUUCAGAAAGUAAAGAACGGGAUCCAGAAAGUGGGCAAUACAAUCAAGAAGGGUGUUCAGAGAGUUGGCAAUGCUAUAAAAGCGGGUGCUCAGAAAGUGAAGAACGGGUUCCAAAAAGUAGGCAACACGAUCAAAUCCGGAGUCCAGAAAGCUGGCAGCGCGAUAAAGAAAGGCAUUCAAAAAGCGGGUAGUGCAAUAAAGAAAGUAGGCGGCGCUAUCAAGGCAGGUGCCCAGAACGUGAAGCAGGGACUUCAGGCCGCUGGAAAAUUCAUUAAGAAGAAUGGGCCGACCAUUGCGAAGGUUGGUCUAAAGUUUGCGUCCACCAUAAGUUCGGUUGCGGGGAGAGUCGCCAACGUCAUACCCGUCAUCGGGAAACCUGUCUCGAAACUCAUCAAACUUGGGUCGAAGGCCCUUAACAUGGCCUCGAAUGCGAUUCAUGCCAAACUUCCAUCCGGGCUUCAGAAAACCUCAGAGAUUCUUGAUGACAUCCAGGAUCCCUUCGGCACUGCAGCCAAAUUUGCUGGCAAGGCUAUCGGAGGGAAACAGGCAGCGGCCCUCGCUCAAAUCGCGGACCAGAUAUUUUAACACCUGUCAAUGUUCUUACGUUGGUCCUUUGCAACUUCACUUUUUCAGCG